AUGAAUAUUAAUGAAAGCCAGGAGGAAGAAUCUUUAGUUGUUGUAGAUACUAAUAAUCAACAACAACAACAAAGCUCUUCACCCCAUUUUGGUGAAGGUCAACAAGGGUUGGCUGAACAAUCCCGCCCCUGGUCAUUACAAUCGUCUCUGAGUGCUGCUUCGUCCGAUCCAGCAGUCAGAGUUUUGGGCACUCCAAUAAGUGACAUAUCUGAAGAUGAAAAUCAGAAGCCUAGAAUGCUUGUUGAUGCUUAUGGGAAGAGAAUUGAUGAAGAGGAGGAAGAAGAAGAGAGGGCAAGCCUGAGGGAUUUUGAGGAACAGGAAAGACAAAUUGCUAGGCAAUUGGCUAUUGAGGAUGAAGAGAAAGUUGGAGGAGGGGAGGGGAAGGAGGUUGAGGAGGAGGAGGAGGAAGAACUGUUAAGGUAUAUGACUCGUUUUUACUUGGAAGCCUUGAAAAUUCUGGUUAUAUAA